GUAAAAGGAUCUCUAAUGUUUUCACUUCACAAAACAUACACAACUCUCAUUCGACUCCAAAAAGAAGCUUCGCAACUCACUUGCAAUAUCCUUUCAAGCAGACUAUUCGAAUGGCUCGGUCCUCAAUAGAAGAGAUUUCUGAGUCUGGUGCUUUUGCCAGAUCUCCCUCAACAUUCCGUAAUGUUAUUUCAAGAGAUCCAAAUACUCCUUUCCCUGCAGAAUCUGGAAGAUAUCAUCUGUACAUUGCAUAUGGUUGUCCAUGGGCGUGCAGGUGUCUUUCAAUCUUGAAAAUCAAAGGCCUUGGCAGAGCAAUCUCUUUCACAGUAGUCAAAUCCAAAUGGGAAAGAACAAGCAAGAAUGAUGAGCAUAUUGGAUGGGUAUUUCCAGUUUCAGAAACCAAAGAACCUGGAGCCAGCCUGACCCUUUGAAUGGAGCCUGACCCUUUGAAUGGAGCAAGAAGCAUAAGGGAACUAUAUGAGAUUGCAAGCAAAAAUUACAGUGGAAAAUACUCAGUUCCUGUUCUAUGGGAUCAAAAACUCAAAACAAUUGUGAACAAUGAGAGUUCAGAGAUAAUCCGGAUGUUUAAUUCUGAAUUCAAUGAUAUAGCAGAGAAUGCAGCUCUGGACCUUUAUCCUCUUCAUUUGCAAUCCCAUAUUGAUGAGGUUAAUCAAUGGAUAUAUGCUGGAAUAAACAACGGUGUUUAUAAAUGUGGCUUUGCUAAGAAGCAAGGCCCUUAUGAGGAGGCUGUGAAAAACUUGUAUGAUACCUUGGACAAAUGCGAGGAGAUUCUUGAUAAGCAACGAUAUAUAUGUGGAAACUCUCUGUCUGAGUCCGACAUCCGCUUGUUUGUCACUCUAAUAAGAUUUGAUGAGGUUUAUGCGGUUCACUUAAAGUGCAACAAGAAGCUGAUCCGAGAGUACCCGAAUCUGUUCAAUUACACCAAAGACGUUUUCCAAAUCCCCGGGAUGAGCGGCACUGUGAACAUGGAACACAUUAAGAGGCAUUAUUACGGAAGCCAUCCUUCCAUGGAUCCAUUGGGAAUUAUUCCUGUUGGCCCUAACAUUGACUACUCUACUCCUCAUCACAGAGAGAGGUUUUCUACUUGAAUUGCAGCAUUCUGUCAACCAUAUUUAUUGAUAUGAAGUCAGUUUUAUUACACUGAAUUUUCCAUAAAAUAACAGGAAUGAACAAACACAAGACAACCCAGUUGAGAAUUUGAAAAAUAUGGCACAUGAUAUUGAUAAAAAUAUUAUUUAAA